GGGGGGCUCGUGGAAGGGGGGGCAGGCCAGGAAGGGAAGGAGGGCGGCCGCGUCUGAGGGGGAACGUGAGGGCAGCCAACGAGGGGGCGGAGCCUCGCUGUUGAGCCUCCGCAGCCGCCGCUUCGGCUCGUUCUGAGCUCCCCCCGCCCCUUUGCGCCCUGUGGCCGGGGGAGAUGGCGAUGCUGGAUCUGGCCCUGGAGGGACUCGCCGUCUUCGGGCUUAUCCUCUUCUUGGUCCUGUGGCUCAUGCACUUCAUAUCCAUCAUCUACACGCACCUACACCUCAACAAGAAAGCAACAGACAAACAACCAUAUAGCAAGCUUCCAGGUGUUUCACUUUUGAAGCCUUUAAAGGGUGUUGAUCCUAACCUUAUUAACAACUUGGAAACCUUCUUUGAAUUGGAUUAUCCCAAAUAUGAAGUGCUUCUUUGUGUGCAAGAUCAUGAUGAUCCUGCCAUUGAUGUGUGUAAAAAGCUGCUUGGAAAAUACCCCAACGUUGAUGCAAGAUUAUUUAUAGGUGGUAAAAAAGUUGGAAUAAAUCCAAAGAUCAACAAUUUGAUGCCAGCGUAUGAAGUUGCCAAAUAUGACCUCAUAUGGAUCUGUGAUAGUGGCAUUAGAGUUAACCCAGAUACGCUAACAGAUAUGGCCAAUCAAAUGACUGAAAAAGUUGGCUUGGUUCAUGGCCUGCCUUAUGUAGCAGACAGACAAGGCUUUGCUGCCACUCUAGAACAGGUAUAUUUUGGUACUUCUCAUCCAAGGACGUACAUUUCUGCCCAUGUAACUGGCUUCAAAUGUGUAACAGGGAUGUCUUGCUUGAUGAGAAAAGAUGUUUUGGACCAAGCUGGAGGACUUAUAGCUUUUGCACAGUACAUUGCUGAAGAUUACUUUAUGGCUAAAGCAAUAGCUGACAGAGGUUGGAAAUUUGCAAUGGCUACACAAGUUGCAAUGCAAAACUCUGGCUCUUAUUCAAUUUCACAGUUUCAGUCCAGAAUGAUAAGGUGGGCUAAACUACGGAUCAACAUGCUUCCAGCUACGAUCUGUGAGCCAAUCUCAGAAUGCUUUGUUGCAAGUUUGAUUAUUGGAUGGGCAGUUCAUCACGUGUUCAGAUGGGAUAUAAUGGUGUUUUUUAUGUGUCAUUGUUUGGCAUGGUUUAUAUUUGACUACAUUCAACUCAGGGCUGUCCAGGGUAGCGCUCUGUGUUUUUCAAAACUUGACUAUGCAGUAGCAUGGUUCAUCAGAGAAUCCAUGACAAUAUACAUUUUCCUCUCAGCUUUGUGGGAUCCUACUAUUAGCUGGAGGACAGGACGCUACAGAUUACGCUGUGGAGGCACUGCAGAGGAGAUCCUUGAUGUAUAGCCACAGCUUUGUGACUGUGUAUUUCAAGAAAAGAAAAAAGAGAAAAGAGAAAGUAUUAUAAAUUAUGUUUAUAUAAAUGCUUUUAAAAGAUCUACCUUCAAUAGUUUUAUUACCUGUAUGUUUUCAUAUCUGUUCUCUAAUUUAUUUUGCAUGGCACUUGCAUCUGUGAAAAAAAUACAUCUAUAGUCUUGGCCAAAUGGUACCUUGUUUUUAUGUACAAACUCAAAUCAAGAAGAUUGGUUCCAGGAUUCAUUUUUCUUAGGAAUGUUCUGCAGCAAGCUCUACAAACAGUAUCUUUCAGUAUAGUAAAAGCUACUCUCUAUUAAUCAAAGGACAUAAUCCACUGGGAAUAAAUUCUGCAUAGGUCCACUGAAAAUGUAUGGGAUGUAUGCAAAGCACAGCUAUAUGUUUGUCCCAAAUGGUCUUCUGGUCAUUGGACUGCAUCACUAAAAGGCUAACGAUGUUUUCAGUACAAGUGUGGUUAGCUUUGGGAAGCACAAGUGGUGGGGCACAAGGAGAGAAGCUUUUUAGAUGAUCUAUGCCUACCUCUUGCAGUUGCUGCAGAGCAAAUAUGAAUAGAUAACUCGGCCUUAGGAAUAGUAAAACCUUGAAAUGUGUAUCUGUGUGUGGGUACAUACAGAUUAAACGAUUUUGGUCUCUCUGCAGGGAACCAAAAGUUUGAUAUGGUACAUGGGAAGAAUUAGUGCUUAGAUGGGGGGCAUCUUUUGGCCAACUCUAAUUGGUUCUGUCUUGAACCAUUUUAAUCACUGUGCUGUAAUUAGCCUAGCUAAUCUCCUCCUUCAUUCCCAUCCUGACUUUUUUAAAGGGGUGUUUUUGUUUCUCUGUAAGUGAACAUUUGAUAGUUAUGGGGCGAGGGAAUGCAUUUCAGAAACAUUUCACAUAUGAACUAUUUUCUUACACACUGUCUUCUUAAGAAUGUAACUUCAUGAAGCAGGUAUUUAUUAUCUUUUUUUAAGUGGGCAUCUUUCUCUUUACACUAGUCAUCCUUAAGUAUCGAAUUGCAAUAGAUACUUGUCAGCAUAUUAAAAGGCAAGAUGAGUUUGCUGUUACUGAUUUGAACUUGUAAGCUUUAGUUAUCAGCUAGAUCUUUUUUUGGAUUUUUCCCUUCUAUUAAUCUAGUCUUUCAAUUGGGUUUUUGUAUUCAAGCUGUAAUUGCUAAAAAAAAAAAAGAAGAA